AAAGCAACCUGCCGCUUAUCCAAGUCGCCACAAGUAGAUCAAUUAUAGAGUAUUUAUUCAACUAUGAGCCUCCAAAUUUUCCGAUUUACCCUUUCGGAAGGUCAAACUAUUUUUAAAUCUCAAUUCCCAGCGCUCCGACUUGAUGUUGAGAGACAGGGCGCUGUCAACCAAUACUUUGGCUAUUCGGUGGCGGUCACAACCGCAGCUCUGCCUAAGAGACGCCACGAGAUAACUUGGGUUAUUGGUACGUACAAUGUAUAUAUUCGCUUAUUAAUUUCUAAUAGUAUACCAGAAUGGAAGAGUGGUGUACUUCUUCAAACAUACCCUCCUCUUGUUGAACAGUUUCUGAAGUUGGCUAACGAUGCGACUGGCCUUAUCCUGAGCAUCAACGACGCACAGCGCGAUGGAUAUCUUGCUGCUCUUCAGUCGCCCAUUUGCGAACUAGUAAGUAAAAUGAUUCGCUAUAAUAACUAUAUGCUACCACUGGAACAGACACCCAUGCGCCUGCUCCCGGAGACACCGAUGGACAAUGAGUUGUUUCGUGUCUCUGUUCACAAGACCUUCACAGAUUGCUAUGGAUGGCCUGGGUUUGUAUCGGGAGACUGGGGAUACAUAAAGGAUACGAAUGAUGUCCUUGGCGCACCACUUGAGGCCAACAACAGCUCGGAAAUUCCUGAAGAUCAACGACGUCUCGCUUUCUAUCUUCUCGGCUGGGAGAGUGCCGAGAUUCAUGAAGACUUUUCAAAGAGUCCCCUCUUCUUUGAAGAGAUUGUCAAGUUGGCGCCGUGGAUUGAUAAAUCGUCUGGAGCGUGGUAUGUCAGAUUUAUGCAACAUGGAGUCUAGAUGAAUAUACUACAUAACCAAACGUCGCUACUUUGACCUUUUAAAAAGCUUAAUAAUACAAAUGAUAAUAGGGAUAACCUUUGUUGCACACAACAUAAGAAGGUGCAAGAAAUAUAUGCCCCAACUUGUCGCAGGAU